AAGCAUCAAGCAUCAAGCAUCAAGCAUCAAGCAUCAAUCUGUAUCUCCAUAUCCCUCGAGGUUGCCUGUUCUGAGCCUCUGAUGAGUCAACGAGAGAGAAUGGAAUCUCUCGCUCUCUCUCUGGGUUUCGCCUCCGCUGAUAAACUUAUGAUGGAUCAACAGCAAAGAAUGGAAGUAACGCUUUUGGGCGAUCCUGCAACGGCGAAUAGGAAGAAGAGUACGAGAAGAGCUGCUUGGCUUUUCGUUGCAGUUCUCACAUUUAUUGUUUUAGGUCUUGUAGUGUACAAAGGUCCAGCCUAUUGGGGACUGAGGCAGGAGAAGUAUGAACAGAGGGGAGAGGCGAACGACGUCGCUGAAUCGGAGCAUGGCGUCGUUGCUGCAGACGACGGCCGUUGCUCUGACAUUGGCGUAUCAGUACUUAGAGAUGGAGGCCAUGCGGUUGAUGCUGCAGUGGCAACUGCAUUGUGUUUGGGUGUAGUCAAUCCAAUGUCUAGUGGGAUUGGAGGUGGUGCCUUCAUGGUUGUUCGAUCUUCAGCAACCUCACAAGCUGAUGCUUUUGACAUGAGAGAGACAGCUCCCUUAGCAGCUUCAAAGGACAUGUAUGAAAAUAAUCCUCAAGCCAAGUACAUAGGUGCACUUUCCAUGGGCGUCCCAGGCGAGAUUGCGGGCCUUCAUGAAUCAUGGUCAAAAUAUGGACGAUUGGCAUGGAAGGCUCUUUUCCAACCUGCGAUACAGCUUGCCAGAGAUGGGUUUGUUGUUGCUCCUUAUCUUGGUAGAGCUAUUAAGGUGUCUGAAGAGCUGAUCAUGUCUGACCCUGGCUUGCGAAAAGUGUUUGCACCAAAUGGGCAAUUGUUGAAAGCUGGGGAUACUUGCUACAAUGUUGAGCUUGGGCACACUUUAGAGGCUGUUGCAGAAUAUGGGCCCGAAGUAUUCUACAGUGGUACCAUCGGAGAGAACUUUGUGAGGGAUGUGGGACAAGUUGGGGGGAUUUUGACAAUGGAAGACUUGAGGCAUUACAAGGUCGAGAAAACAGAUGCAAUGGCUUUCAAUGCGAUGGGUUACACCAUACUGGGGAUGCCUCCUCCUUCAAGUGGAACUCCAGGGCUGGCUCUUGUUCUGGACAUUCUAGAUAGCUAUGGAUCGUCAGAUGCCAUAAAGGGGCCGUUGGGACUGCAUCACUUGAUUGAGGCAAUGAAGCACAUGUUUGCACUCCGAAUGAACUUAGGUGACCCUAAUUUUGUCAAUGUAACUGAGUGCAUUACUGAUAUGCUGUCCCCAUCGCUGGCCAAGAGUCUCCAGCAGAAGAUAUUCGACAACACAACAUUUCCUCCUGAUUACUACAUGAACAGGUACGAGUUAACUAAUGAAAAUUCAGUGAAGCACACGAAGGGGAUACAAUUUUGCAUCAGUUAAUUCUGUAAAAUACAGCUGCUAGCAUUAUAUCCCUUGGAUCCUCUGGUUUCUAGGUGUAGAAAUUAGUUGAAAAGUCAUAUGUUUCGAAGAACUCUUUGAAAUGACCAUUAGGUGAUCAUUCUCCACCCCCACCCCACCCCCCCACCCCCCCC